AGAGAAGGGGAGAGGCGUCGGCUCCGCGCGUCUCCCCUCCGACAGACGCCUCGCUCACUUCCCGCGUCCUCCCGGCUUCCUGUGCCCAACCUCUGUGCGCAAGGUGACCCGCCUGUCUUUCCCCUGUCCCGUUAUCUCUCUGAGAACUGACAGCGCCGUGUACUUCCAGGUCUUAUUAUGAUAAAUCACUGCCUCUUCUGUCUCUCUUUCACUGCCUCCCUGCUCUUUCUCUCUCUCUCUGUCUCAUUCUCCCUCUCUCUGUCUCACUCUGUCUCUAUCUCUCGCUCUGUCUCUCUCUCUUUCUCACUCUGUCUUUCUCUCCCCUCUCUCUCUCUCUCAACACUUCUUGUAGCUUCACUACAUUGCCAGCUGUGUCCACUCAACUCAUUGUCAAUUUAGGAUAAGUGGACAAGGACAUGCACAAAUCAUGGUGUGCAAAUCAUAGUCACCAAACGGUGCCAGAUAAUCAGCAUUGCUAAAUACUUUCAUUGCAUUUCAUUACAUGACGCUUUAUAUGUUACUCAAAACAUAUAGGCCAACAGAGAAGUUUGAUUGUUCAUUGCUGGAAGACUCAAAUAAUGAAAAGAUUAUGUGAGAAGGAAACAUUUGCUUUUGUGGAUUAUUUAUACAAAGCGUAGACGCUAUAAGAAAAUGCUUUGUAUUAGUAGUUGUGUCUUAUAUGUUUUGAGUUUGUAUUAAGUCACCUGACUUCUAUGUCUUAUAUGUUGCUGUAAGUGUCUCAUGUAAUCCCAUGUGGGAUGGGCCAUUUUAGAUGGUAUGACACAAAAAUGAAAAUUAAUAAUAAUUUGUUCAUACUUACUGUUCAGAAGCCCUCAUUCAGUUUCUCUGGUAACACUGCAGUUCCACACGAGCAGCAUUCCAUAAAGAUUCUACCCUUCCGCUCUUUUACUCCGUAGUUUGGUGAUUGGUCUGAAUGGGUGUCAUUGGUCAGACUCAGUUCCGUCCGUUGUAUGUAUGUAUAAAAAUGUACGUGUUCAUUAGUGGCUACUGUCGCAUACGCUCACAGGUCGGGGGUCAUUAUCGCGGGUCGUUCAGGACGGUCGUCUGCUAAAUUGGUGUAAUCUAAUGCACUCUCGAUCCCGGGGACUGUAAUUGUGAAUACAUUCUGCGUUUUUAAUUCAUUCGUGAACGUUACCAAAAAAUUGAUAUUCUGAUAACUUGUGCUGAACACUGAACAGCAAGCGUUUUUUAUCUUGAGAUUCGCUGGAACAUUGUUAACGCCACAAGGUGGCGCUCUUCGUCUAUAUACUGCUCUUACUAAGUCGGGGGUUGAAACCAUUUUUGAAUUGUUUAUCCUGACGUCACAAACUCAGAGACUGAGCAUCGUUUCAGCUGUACAUCAGGAAUCAAUGGGCAGCAGUCUGCAACUUUGCACCAGUGUUACCGGAUUUCAAUUGAUAAACCGAACUGGACUAAAACGGCACAAUGAACACCGUGACUGUUCUCCUGAUGCUUUCUCUACUGAUCCACGCUGAUGGCCUAGAGGGACCAACAGCCGGAUGCACCUUCGAUGAGGACUCGAACCCGGACCGGGACCGGAGCCAGUGCAAACAGGGCAAGGAGGACGACUUCGACUGGCAGCUGAUUCGCUCCUACAGCUGGCCGCACGCCAACUCCGACCUCCUGCGGGGGUCGUUCAUGCUGGUGAACGCUUCCCAGCAUGCCUCGGGCCAGCGCGCCCACCUCCUCCUGCGCGCCCUCAGCGAGAACGACACCCACUGCGUCCAGUUCAGCUACUUCCUGUACAGUCGGGACGGGCACAGCCCGGGGACCCUGCGGGUGUACGUGCGCGUGAACGGCGGUCCCCUGGGAAACCCCGUCUGGAACGUGUCCGGUUCCCACGGCCGCCAGUGGCACCAGGUGGAGCUCGCCGUCAGCACCUUCUGGCCAAACGACUAUCAGGUGAGCUCCCCCUGUCCAGCAUGCACUGCUUCGGCGUGGACCUCCACGAACCACGUGAGGCCCAUUACCCAGAAAGCAACGGUUCACGCAACAUUCUUUAGCUUCUUUUUUUCCGAGCGGGAGUCUUCGCUGUGACAGAAGGCGUAGGAA